ACACACUGAAAGAAUAUCUUUGAUGAGGACAAUUCAGGCAAGCAGCACGAUUAUUGCAGCAGAAUUACAUAAUUAGCUGAGAUCUUGAAGUGGGUUGGGCGAGUCCUUGCCACCUAACUUAUCAUGGUUGGGGGGAGGCUGAUGAGAAUCCAGUUUUGAUAAAGACAAUUGUUUUCUCCUCCCCAAGUGACUAUACAUUUAAAUAGCUAAAACAUCUGUUCAGCAACAUAGUAAAACAUGUAUACUCGGAACGCUUGAGAGAGGAGCCUGCCAAAUAAUCGGUUGAGAGGGACUUUGCUGAAGGAGAGCACCAAGAUAAAGCAACCGCUGUUUGUUUUGUCUAGUCAGGAGAAAAGCCAAGGCAACCAAUAUUUUGAAUCUCUUUUAUUUCAUUUGUGAAAGAUUACUUGAGAGAGGGUGGCGAGGGGAGGUUUCCUGACAGGAAUUUCUGAAGCUGUCCAUUGGUAGAAGAGCAAGAGCAAGAGCAAGAGCAAGAGCAAGAGAGCCUUGGAUGUCAACACCUACCAAGCUCUUGGGACCGUCCACCAAACCACGAGCAGUGACUUUCUUCCUGAGCGCUCUCUCCAGCCCUUCUGAUGGAAGCAGAAUCGGGGAGCAGCAUGGAGACUGGAAAGGGGACCAACAGAGGCACUCGAAUUGCCCUGGUUGUGUUCGUUGGUGGCACCCUGGUGCUGGGCACAAUCCUCUUUCUAGUGACUCAAGGUUUCUUAAGUUUCCAAGCUAAACAGGAGUACUGCCUGAAGCCAGAAUGCAUCGAAGCCGCUGCUGCCAUAUUGAGUAAAGUAAAUCUGUCUGUGGAUCCUUGUGAUAAUUUCUUCCGGUUCGCUUGUGAUGGCUGGAUAAACAGUAAUCCAAUUCCUGAAGAUAUGCCAAGCUAUGGGGUUUAUCCUUGGCUGAGACACAACGUUGACCUCAAGUUGAAGGCACUUUUGGAGAAGUCAAUCAGUAGAAGGCGGGACUCUGAAGCCAUACAGAAGGCCAAAAUUCUUUAUUCAUCUUGUAUGAAUGAAAAAGCGAUUGAGAAAGCAGAUGCCAAACCACUGCUCCAUAUCCUGCGACAUUCACCUUUCCGCUGGCCUGUGCUUGAAGCUAAUAUUGGUCCAGAGGGAGUCUGGUCAGAGAGAAAAUUCAGCCUUCUGCAUAUACUUGCAGCAUUCCGUGGUCAAUACAGCAAUUCUGUAUUCAUCCGCUUGUAUGUGUCCCCCGAUGACAAAGCAUCCAAUGAACACAUUUUGAAGCUAGACCAAGCAACGCUUUCCUUAGCUGUGAGGGAAGACUACCUUGACAACAGCACCGAAGCCAAGUCUUAUCGAGAAGCCCUUUAUAAGUUUAUGGUGGACACUGCCGUGCUUUUAGGAGCUAACAGCUCCCGAGCAGAGCAUGACAUGAAGUCACUGCUUAGACUGGAAAUCAAGAUAGCUGAGAUAAUGAUUCCGCAUGAAAACCGAACCAGUGAGGCUAUGUACAACAAAAUGAACAUUUCUGAACUGAGUGCUAUGAUUCCCCAGUUUGACUGGCUGGGCUACAUCAAGAAGGUCAUCGAUACCAGACUGUACCCCCACCUGAAAGACAUUGGCCCCUCUGAAAACGUGGUGGUCCGUGUCCCGCAGUACUUUAAAGAUUUGUUUAGGAUAUUGGGCUCUGAGAGGAAGAAGACCAUUGCCAACUAUUUGGUGUGGAGAAUGGUUUAUUCCAGAAUUCCAAACCUUAGCAGGCGCUUUCAAUAUAGGUGGCUGGAAUUCUCACGGGUAAUUCAGGGCACCACAACUUUGCUGCCUCAGUGGGACAAAUGUGUCAAUUUCAUUGAAAGUGCACUCCCUUACGUUGUUGGAAAAAUGUUUGUGGAUGUACACUUCCAGGAAGAUAAGAAGGAGAUGAUGGAGGAAUUGAUUGAAGGUGUUCGCUGGGCCUUUAUUGACAUGCUGGAGAAAGAAAAUGAGUGGAUGGAUGCAGCGACAAAAAGGAAAGCCAAAGAAAAGGCAAGAGCUGUUUUGGCAAAAGUUGGCUAUCCUGAUUUUAUAAUGAAUGAUACUCAUGUUAAUGAAGACCUCAAGGCAAUCAAAUUUUCAGAAUCGGACUACUUUGGCAAUGUCCUGCAAACCCGCAAGUAUUUAGCACAGUCUGAUUUCUUCUGGCUAAGAAAAGCUGUUCCAAAAACAGAGUGGUUUACAAACCCAACAACUGUCAAUGCCUUCUAUAGUGCGUCUACCAACCAGAUCCGAUUUCCAGCAGGAGAGCUCCAGAAGCCUUUCUUUUGGGGAACAGAAUAUCCUCGAUCUCUGAGUUAUGGUGCUAUAGGAGUAAUUGUUGGGCAUGAAUUUACACAUGGAUUUGAUAAUAAUGGUAGAAAAUAUGAUAAAAAUGGGAACUUAGAUCCUUGGUGGUCUAUGGACUCAGAAGAAAAGUUUAAAGAAAAAACUAAGUGCAUGAUUAACCAGUAUAGCAACUAUUAUUGGAAGAAAGCUGGCUUAAAUGUGAAGGGGAAGAGGACUCUGGGAGAAAACAUUGCCGAUAAUGGAGGUCUGAGGGAAGCUUUUAGGGCUUAUAGGAAAUGGAUUAAUGACAGAAGGCAGGGCGUUGAAGAGCCUCUCUUACCAGGAAUCACAUUUACCAACAAUCAGCUCUUCUUCCUGAGUUAUGCUCAUGUGAGGUGUAAUUCCUACAGACCGGAAGCUGCCAGAGAACAAGUCCAAAUUGGUGCUCACAGCCCCCCUCAGUUUAGGGUCAAUGGUGCCGUUAGUAACUUUGAAGAAUUUCAGAAAGCUUUUCAUUGUCCACCUAAUUCUACAAUGAACAGAGGUGCAGACUCCUGCAGACUGUGGUAGCUGGAGAUUUGAUUUCUGCCAUCCUGAGACAGCUACCUGGUGCCAGCAGAGGCAGCACUUCCUCAUCACCCACUACUUGAGGCCUAUAUUCCUCUGAGACCUUUUAUAUUUAGUGGGUGUUCUUUAUUUGGGUAGAUAACUUGCUUGGCUUUAAACAGUAUCUGUUCAGAGUCAUAGGGCUUAAAAAGGGAAUACAUGAAAUGAAUCAAGUAUGUUUCUUUAGAAAACCAAACCAACAAAAAAUAAACCCCUAGGCUACUUUUGUUAAAAGGUGAUCUACUGAGUUGUUGUUAUUGUCCAUUUUAGUGUGUUAGCCACAGCUAGGUGGUACAUACCAAUUCAGUCUAUAGCUUUGCAUGAUGCCUACAUAGAAUGUGACCAUAAAAAUGUUCAGUCCAUUAAACUUCUAAUCCUCAACAAUGACAACUUGUGUAUGAACACUUGGAAUGCCUUACUCUCUGUGGAACACAGUGCUAGAUUUAUUUCAUGGAUAGACAUUUUACACUAUUUCUAAACUCUAAGAUAGUUAACUAAGAAAUAUGUUGAUCUGUAUUUUACAAUUUUAAAUGACUUCAGCUUUGGAGUCUACUGGAGUAAAAAUGUACCUUAUAUCUUGCAGCUGAUACCAUUGAUUGCCCUGUGUAAGUCAGCAUGGAGAAAGAUGGCAGAAAGUGUUAGGUUAAGGGAUUUGAGUUUAUCAACUAGGAAAGAAGGGAGGAUAUCAUUAAGUCUCAGAAGAAGUAAAAGCUCCUACUCAUACAGCAGGGAAACUAGGGGAUGAAAUACUCACAAGUUUUUUCUAGUUGUAUGUACCUCAGCGAUCAUCUGUCUGCUGGACACUGUUCUGCGGCCCAGUUUCUGUUUGUUUCAUUACUCUUGCAUGUGUGAAUUCUGCUCCUUAUGCAAUGAGCAGACAUUGAAAAAAGAAUUUUCUGAUUUCCCAUUACGAUCAUGUGGCUUUCAUUUGCUUUUAGUGCAAAGGGGUAAACAAUGCAUCGAGGAGGGAAUAAAUGCCCUUUUAUUAAUGCUGCAUCUCAUUAGGAGAAAAUUGUUUUAAAAAUUCUUGAUUGAAGAAACUUCAGAAUAUAUUGAUUCAAUUUAGAAUUCCCUGCAUAUGGAAUACCAUUUUUUAUGUUUAAGUCUGUUAAAGAUUCUGUAUGAAAGAACAGUACUAUGUGUUUGAUCUUUAGAGCACUAUCUUUUUAAGUGAAGCUCUCUCUCUUUUAGCAUGUGGAUGUAUGUGUUAGAUAAAAUUCUAAUGGCAUUAAAGUAGUUACCUGGCAUUCUCUGUUUCUUAAUAUAGGCAAUCUCCCCCCCCCCCACAAACCAUUAUUCAUUGUGUAUGAGGUGCUGGGUUAAGUGGGCCGAUAGGAAACUCUCAAAAGCAAAAUGACAAAUUCAAACUAACUACAGGAGUUUGUUUUACAUCCGUAUGACUUGUCAUUUAAAAAAAUGUAAGUAAGUGCCUGUCCUUUUGUAACCAUGGGAACUUCUGAGGGGAGAAAAAUUGAGGGGCACCAUCAUGAGGAAAACAAUUAUACUACAUUAGUCAGAGGAGAGUGAUUUUCCCCUUGACUUCCUCCUCUCCAAACGGAUAAACUUCUGAAGGGCAGCUACUUUUACCUCCUAUUAGCCAUGGCUUUAUGUGACCUUAGUUUGUAUUUCUAAAAACAAACAGUAUUGGGUCAAGGGUGCUGGAAAUAUAUGUGCCUUUUAUCCAGAGUAAGCAUCUGGCUUGGUUUAGAUACAAAACAUAGUCCCCCCUCAACAUGUGGGCACUUAAAAUUAUUCCAGGUUUGUCAUGCUUAUAUGAAUAGUGUUUUGCUUCCAGGUUUCUUUUUUAAACUCAAAAUAAACACAUUCCUGCAGGCCAGAGAAAGUGUUUGAUAAAAGCAUAGAAUUAUGACUUUGGAAAUAAAACUCAUUAACUCACUUGGUCCAGGAAAACUGAUUCUGCAUGGCAGGGUUACCUUGUCCUAAUUAACGUGACUUGCUGUAACUUUGUCACUGAAAGUUACACACACGAUGGUGAUUAUUAAAACAAGCCCAAAGUGGCAAUACUGAAUCAUUAUCACUAGCUAGAACAAUUUUCUAGAAGCAUUGGAUUUCCAAGUGCUCAUGUUUAACUGUUCAAAUUACAGUCUGCUCGUCCUUCUCUUCAAUACAGAUUGCUAUAAGAAAGAGACACUGAUUAACUGCUAAAGGGAGGAAGAUAGAUGCGCCUGGAAGGGAGGGAGAAGCUGGCCCAAGGAUGUAGCAUUGAAGAGAAGACAGAAAUUUGGCAGUAUUUGCUAAGCUUAUCCACUGGAGGAGAGCCAUGAAAUUUUACAAAAGUAAUUAUGGUAAAUUAAAAGGAAAUUAGAUAUUAGAUCUCAGACUAGAGAUGCAGUAACAUACUUCCCUGAUUCAUAUACCAGAUGUUCUGCCAGUGAACUACUAUCUGGGCAAUGCAAGGACUUAGCUUUUUGUGAAAUGUUCCUGGAUUUGUCAAGGAUUCUCUCUAUAUAAAGUGGCAUGUCACCAUUGCCCGAAGUUUGCUGAGCUUUUUGCCAAUUGCUCAGCACUGGCCUCCUAUUUCCGUUUGUUUUCUCCUUUUAUGAGAUGGACUUGGACAUGACUAAUACAAGCUCAGGAUUUAUACAUUACACUGCAGUUUAUUUAGUGCCUUGCCUCAAUGGAGCUUAAAGCAUCGCACAUAAAUUUUAUCUUAUUUAGCCCUCGAGCAUUACUAAGAAGCAACUAGGAGCCAUGCCUUGCCAGACAGGUUAUGCUCAUAGCAGAGAAAUAGAGAGACUUGACUUUUUGUCAAGGAUCUCCGAGUCAGAAAAUACAGAGGCUUUAUGCUUUGGGCUACUGAACUUUAGAUUAACUUUCAUCACUUAGAUUAUCCUAUUCCUCAAUCCAUUUAUUCAGUCAGUAUAUCUAUAAUCAUGUAGCCUUUGAUAGACUAUUCCUUUGAUAUUUUUAACGUAAUACCUUCAUUACUUUUUAAAACUAUGGAAUAAUAUAUGACUGCUUCGUACAACAACAUUAUGAUCACCAGUGGCAAUACCCCACAGGUUUGAAGACAGAUUUUCUUGGAUUAUGCAUCUUUUAUCUAAAUGGUCAUUGUGAUACUAGUUUGGUUGUAUUUUCUUCCCUUACUUGUAAAACAAUGAGAACAAAUAUUUUAAGGACAAUAAAAGUUGGUUGAAGACA